GCAGGCUGAUCUUAUUGGUAAGAACUUCGACAUCUAACCUGAACUGUACUAUACAAAACUAGUCUGGGGAUAGUUUAUAGUUUAUUUAAUCAUAAAAACUACUUUAAAUCUCUUCUUUUGAUACAGAAAAUGGGCCAAACUGGGCAAAAAAUAAAUGACCAAAUAAUCCUAAUUUAUUUUUACAGAAACACAAUAUUCCAAAGGAUUAUAACAUUUCUAUACAUUAUAUUCCCAAAGAGAGGGUGAGUAGAAUUUCUCAAAAACAAAACAUCAUGCAGAAACUUUUUUCACAAGAGAAGUUGCGCUGGGUGGUCUUAAACUUUGGCAGCAUUUUUGUUGAUGAACAUUUUAGUUUUAUUUGGAAUCUGUAGAAUGGAAUUAUAUGUAACCAAGUCGGUUUUCUCCCUUUUCUUACUUCAGACUGGUGUGUGCUGCGUUCUAUUGAAUAUCUAUCCACUGGAACAAAGCCUUAGGGAACUGGCCCGGGUGUUUGGUGCCAUUUCUUCCAACAAAAAUAAUAUUAUGAUCUUCAUCACCAUGCUGCAAAAUCUACGUUUCCAAUUUGAUCAUGAGGAGCUGGAGGCAACAAUGCAAGUCUUUAAAUGCCACUAUAAGGCGGUCAAAUGGCCGUCUGGGCAGUAUUUUGACUAUAUCAGAGACAUUUUGAAUUCUGCAGCUCAGGGAGAAGGAGGAUUCCGCUGUGUGCCUCCACCCUGCCCUGCCCCUACUACACCAGGAAGUGAAGCACAGGACCAUGAACAGACUCUGUCAAGGGGGAGUCUGCUGUCCCUGCUUCCGAUCCCAGUCACAGCCUGCGUGUUCCUCAUUGUGUGGGUGGUAAGACAGUGUCUGGUCCAGAAGACCUACAGGAUUAAAUCUAGAAGAGGAGGCUCCCCAGAGAGUAACCCAGAGAGAGGCCAUAGAAGGCUGUCCACUAAUGUGGAACGGACCAUAAACAUCCUUAUUAAACCAGUCACCAGUACAACUGACACACCAAUAAUGGGGGAAGCCUGAUCAUCACUGAGGGAGCAGAUGAAGCCAACAUCAAGAACUGCAUAGAGAGCAGAAAGCUCCCACUCUGAACAGGUGUCACUCUGAACAGGUGUCACUCUGAACUGGUGACACUCUGAACUAGUAUCACUGAUUCUUCUUGGGUGAUAUCCCUGAGAGAACGGAGCUGAAAUCUCUUAUUUAGUAUCUUUGACAUAUCGGAGCUGAUAUCUCUAAAAUAUAUGGGCUGAUAUAGGGGUCUCACUGAAACAAGGGACAAUGUGAUAAGACAUUAAUCAACUGCUUACUCGAACUAUAUCAUUUGGUCUGUCAUAUAUUUUGACACAACACCAUGUUUCACAGCUUCCUACCUUGUCUAUCUCUGUCUAAUCAGAGAUUUUGACAUGUCAACAUAUCAGAGACAUUCUUCACCGAGACUGGACUUUGUUGUGGCCGAAAUAUCUAUUGCUGCUGUGUGGCCACAGAGUGUGUGCUGUCUCACUGAUGAUGUGACUCAAAGAGGAGGUGUG